AUGGCUUACAGCAGCUCCGACGACGAGAGGCCUCUCGCUAGGCAAAACGGUCACGUUUCGGCUGCAAAAGUCACCGCAUCGAUGGACAAGGCUCUCGAUCGCUCAGUACCCAAGUCCUCCGCCGGUGGCGAAGGCAUCCUUGUUCCACACAGCAAGGCGGACGCGAUGGACAUCGACAGCCCUCCCAACAACAAGCGCAAAUCCCGCAAGUCGAUCACAAAGAUUGACUACAAGGAUGGCUCGGACAGCGACGGUGCACCUCUGGCCAAACGACAAAAAUCCAAGAAGGCUCUAGAGUCUGAUUCCGAUGAUGAACCCAUCGGCAAAUCAAGGUCCAACAAGCCCACUCCUCGCAAGGCCGUCGAUGAUUCUUCCGAUGAUGACAUUCCGCUGGGCAAUCUUGCCAAGAAAAAGGCUGCCAUAGAGCAUGCAGCCGCGAAAGAGGCCCAGGCCAUACGUGCUCAGGAUAAAAAGAAGAAGGCCACGCCAAGGAAGAGCGUUAAAGACGAGUCCGACGACGAUGCGCCUCUGGCUAAAUCGUCUGCAACCAAGCGACAAUCCAAUGGCGUCGCCGCCAAGCGGAAGUCGAACGGCGUAAAGAAGGAAGAGUCUGAUUCUGACGCUCCGAUCUCGAAAAAAGCCAAGGCUCCCGCAGCAGUCAAGAAGGGCAAAUCAACCCCUGCGAAAGACACGAAAAAGGCUGCCAAGGCAGAGGAAGAGGAAGAAGAAGGGUACGAAUGGUGGAAUGCCCCCAAGCCCGAGGACGACUCCAUUAAAUGGCAAACACUGGAGCAUAACGGCGUUUUGUUUGCUCCUGCCUAUGAGCCUCUCCCGAAGCACGUCAAGCUCAAGUAUGAUGGCCAAGACGUGACUCUGCCUCUCGAAGCCGAGGAAGUGGCUACUUUCUGGGUGGCCAUGAUGACGCCUGCGUCGUCUCACCACCUCGAGAAUCCUACUUUUCGACAGAAUUUCUUCCAUGAUUUCUCCGAAAUCAUCAAGAAGGCGGGUGGUGCUAAGAACGCCGCUGGCGAAAAGGUAGCGAUCAAGAGUUUGGACAAGUGCGACUUUGGAAAGAUGUACGACCACUGGCUAGCGAAGACGGAGGCCAAGAAGAACAAGAACUUGUCCAAGGUUGAGAAGGAAGCUGCGAAGGCCGAGAAGGACGAAUUGGAGGCCCCCUUCACCCAUUGUCUUUGGGAUGGAAGAAAACAAAAGGUUGGCAACUUUCGUGUUGAACCGCCGAGCUUGUUUCGUGGUCGAGGCGAGCACCCCAAAACUGGCCGUGUGAAGACGCGGGUCUGGCCCGAGCAAAUCACAAUCAACAUUGGCAAGAAAGCGAAGGUUCCAGAGCCGCCGAAGGGCCACAAGUGGAAGGCUGUUCAGCAUGACCAGAAGGCUACCUGGCUUGCUAUGUGGCAAGAAAACAUCAACGGUGCCUACAAGUACGUUAUGCUGGGAGCUGCCAGUGAUGUCAAAGGGCAAAGCGACUUCAAGAAGUUUGAAAAGGCUCGUGAGCUGAAGAAGCACAUCGACAAAAUUCGCCGCGAGUAUACCAAGGAACUCAAGAGCGAAGUCAUGGCUGAUCGUCAGAGAGCUACAGCCAUGUACUUGAUCGACAAGUUGGCACUCAGAGCAGGUAACGAAAAGGACACCGAGAAUGAAGCCGACACUGUGGGCUGCUGCUCACUCAAAUACGAGCACAUAACUUUGGAGCCACCGAACAACGUCACUUUCGAUUUCCUAGGCAAAGACAGUAUUCGCUACAAUGAGACUGCCAAGGUCGACGCGCAAGUUUUCAAGAAUCUGAAACUCUUCAAAAAGCCGCCAAAGUCGGACGGUGAUGACCUCUUCGACCGCCUGACCACCUCUCAGCUCAAUAAGCACCUGAACAGCUACAUGCAGGGUCUCACGGCCAAGGUAUUCCGUACUUACAAUGCAUCAUUCACCAUGUCGAGGCUCCUUCGAGACCUGGAAAAAGACCCUCGCUCCAGAGGCUCGAUCGCGGAGAAGGUCAAACUAUACAAUGACUGCAACCGAGAGGUUGCUAUUCUUUGUAAUCACAAGCGUUCAGUCGGCGCUAGCCACGAGCAGCAGAUGCAGAAGCUAGGCGACCGUAUCAAGGGCCUACGAUAUCAGCAGUGGCGUACCAAGAUGAUGAUGCUUGACAUUGAUCCGAGCCAGAAGAAGAAGAAAGGUGCUGCCUACUUUCAGCUGGAUGAGGAAAUUGACAAGGAGUGGAUCCUGGAGCAUCAGCAGUUUUUGAUUGAAGAGCAGCGCACAAAGAUCACCAAGAAGUUCGAGAAGGAUAACGAGAAGCGAAAAGCGGAGAAGGAAAAGCCACUGCCAGAGAAGGAGCUCAAGGAGCGUCUUUUGGCUGUCAAGGACCUCGAGGCCAAGUUCAAGAAGGAGAACAAGACAAACAAGGUCGAGGCUGAAGGACGCGGCCCGACUGUCGAGAAGUUGCUUGCGCAAGUGGAGAAGAUUGAUGAUCGUGUCAAGGUGCUGGAGACGCAGGCCGAAGAUCGUGAUGGCAACAAGGAAGUAGCUCUGGGCACUUCCAAGAUUAAUUACAUUGAUCCCCGCCUCACAGUUGUCUUUUCCAAGAAGUUUGACGUUCCUAUUGAGAAGUUCUUCUCCAAGACUCUGCGAGACAAGUUUCGAUGGGCCAUCAAGUCAGUUGAGGAUGCCGAUGAUUGGGAAUUUUAA